AUGGAUUGGCAAUUAACAUGUCGAGUAUGCUUGGAAACAGGGGACAUGGUUUCCCUUUUUGAUUGGGACGAAAAUAACGAACAACUUGGCGACAAGUACACCUAUUGCUGCGGCGUGGAGGUGACCAAAAAUGAUUCUUUACCGACGCUAAUAUGUUUGAAUUGUGUGGAUCGCUUAACAUACGCGUGUCAGUUCAAGCAACAGUGUCUAUCUUCCAACGAAACACUAAGAGAAUGUCUUGAUGAAUUUUUGAAGACUUCAGCUGCAGUAUCGGCCAAUAAAAGUGAUGAAGGUAAUGAAACUGAAACAAUUACAAUCAAACAAGAGAAUGGUCUUCUCUUACAAUAUGAACUGCCGGUGGAGCAUGAUCCAGAAGCUAAGUGGACGAGAACACUUAUCAAAACACCAAAUAGUGCUGUUGUUACAAAGGCUCCUGGAAGAAGAAAGAGAGGGCGGCCAAGAAAAUAUCCCAAUGAACAGGGACAGAUUGAUUUGUCACCAUACCAACGUAAGAAACCAAAGUCUGAAAAUAAAGAACCAGAAGCAUUGACAACUUUAUUGGCAUCAGGGUCUUUAGACUUGAAGCAAGAGCCCGAUGAUGAAGAACAAGAUCAGUUUGAAACAGAAGAAUUGGAUACGGGUGAUGAUCCUGACUUUAUACCAGGAGGGGAUGAACCCGAUUCUGAUGUUGAAUCUAAGCAAGAGGUAGUCCAACCAAGGAAACGUGGAAGGCCUCGGAAAACAACCGAAGAUAUUCUAAAACCCAAAGACGAAGACAGUGAAGAUGUGCUGCUAAAAGAAACUAUAAUGGCCUUCUCAGAGCCGAUACCGGAUCACAUCUUAAAUCCAAAGCCAAGGAAAAAACGUACACAGCCAAGAAAGAAAUAUGUGUACGAGAAGACACACGUUUGUGAGACGUGCGGCGCGUCUUUUACGUCGAAUGCGUCUUUACAAGCACACAUACGCCGGCAUUUGGGCAUCAAACCAUUUGUAUGCAGUGUCUGCGGUUACGCGUGCGUUCUAAACAUGGAGUUGCGUCGGCACAUGAUGCGUCACACCGGUGUCCGUCCGUACAAAUGUCGGGUGUGCGAUCGACGUUUCGGCGACUUUGGCAGUCGACAGAAACACGAAAGUGUAUGCGGUUUCGCAUGCGUGAUGAAGGAAGCCCUCAAGCGUCACAUGUUGCGUCAUACUGGAGAGAAACCGUAUAAAUGUCAAGUGUGCGAGAGACGCUUUGCGGACUAUGGGACGAGGCAGAAGCAUGAGAGAUUGCACAUGGGCCUUCGCCCCUACCAGUGCUCCCUCUGCGGCAAGGCGUUUACGUACUCGUACGUGCUCGCUAACCACAUGUUGACUCACACUGGCGAGAAGAAAUAUUCUUGUACUCCAUGCAAUAAGAAAUUCACAAAGGCCCACCAUCUCAAAUACCACAACAAGGUCCACCACAAAGAGGUCUACAUCCAGCAGCAGUUGGAGCAGGAGGCCAAGAAGAUAAGGCAAAAGUUGAACGUCACGAAUCUAUCUGGCGUCAUAUCUGGACAGAUCGUGGAUGGCACCUUGCAACUGAUACAAGCUUCGUCGGAAGAUGGAGAACAAGACGCACAGAUGCAAGUUGUGGAAGAGCAAGAUGGCGAUAGCGAAGAGAAAGAGACUAAUCGUGCUGUAGCCGGCAUGCAAGGGGUGGUGUUAGAAACAGAUUUUUCAAUGGAUGAAGACAGCAAAUUGAAAUAUGAAAGU